CUUAGUUACGUCAGUUCCGGUAACCAUAACUCUCACAACAUCGGGCUUAUGGUGAACGAAACCGCGUUGGCAAGCUAGCAUUAAUUCUAUUGUUAGUACAUUUGUAUCUUCGCCCACAGUGGAAAAUAUGUCAGAUACGGAGACAAAACCAUCCAGCCAAGACGGUGGUGAUAAGAAGGAUGGAGAGUACAUCAAAUUGAAAGUGAUCGGUCAGGAUAGCAGUGAAAUCCACUUUAAAGUGAAGAUGACAACACAUCUGAAAAAGCUAAAGGAGUCUUACAGCCAGAGACAGGGCGUCCCAGCGAGUACACUCAGGUUUCUGUUUGAAGGACAGAGAAUUGCAGAUAACCAAACUCCAAAAGAGUUGGGGAUGGAGGACGAGGAUGUCAUUGAGGUGUAUCAAGAACAGACGGGUGGACUUUGGAACGAGUAAACCUUCUAUCUUCUUAACCUUCUUUUUUUAUUUUGUAUUUUGCUUUUUUUAUCAAUGCAUUUUGUUCACUUUCAAACCAUCUGGAUCAAAACUGUCAGAGCUUCCAUGUAUCCGAACGGAGAGACGAGAAAUAAGACCAGGGCGAAUUGCAGGGACCCUCAUGCGGAUACCAUAUCCAUGAUAUAAUGUUGACACAACCAGGAAGUGUAAAGGAGUCUGUGUUGUUCAUGUAAGCCAAAUCCUGGAACAUAAUGUGCCAGGAAGCGUUGCACCAUGUGAACAAGUGGCACUUUUUGAUGUACUUUAUUUUUGGCAUCACAUUUGUACAGAGUUUGAAAUCAGUCCCAUUGUUUGCUUUAAAGGUGAUGUUAGUGCAACACUUUGCAGCUAUGUUGUCCACAUUGGCAGCCACGUCCCCUAAAAUAAUUAUCAUUGGUAUUAAAAACAUUUUUAUAAUAACAAUGGUGACUGUGCUUGUACAUGUCGGUGUGUUUUCGAGCAUUUUGAGUAAUACAACCAUGUUUUUAUCUUCUGUGUGGUUGACUGCUCAUAUGGGAAGGUUUAUGUAAAUAUAUACACUGCUGCAUCCGUUGGGAAACACUUGGUUGGCAUGUGCUGCCUCUGUCGUGGCGGUUCCUUUUGUGUUGCUGUUGGAAUCCGACUGUCCGUACUAUAAAGUUCCUCAAGAAGAUGGUGUUAAAGAUUGUGUUAAAUUUGUACACUUUGUGCUUUUGCAAAUCAAUAUUUGAGAUCAUGAUGUGAAGUCAGUCUCCCAAAGUGGUGCACAUCAUUACUAGCAAGUACAGAUUCCAGUCCCAAUACUGAUCAUACUUCUGAGGAACAUUGAUACAGAUGGUUUGAGAUUCUGCUGAUUUUAGCUUUUUUUCCAAAUAAAAUAUUUAUAAAUGGAAAA